AUGCAUAUGGAGCACCAGCUCCGGCUUCUCGACUUGAACGACACCAGCGAUCCAGAAGUAGUCAACGCAGCCCACAUCCUAAUAUCCAUGAAACAUGGCAGAUAUUCGUUAUCACGACCACGAGACAACAUCAACAACACCAUUAGCAAACACAACAGAGACUACAUUGCUAAUACGCCUACUAUCCCCAGUAUAGAUUACGUCACUUGUGGUCGUUUACGAUUGAUACCUGUGGGUUCAUACUGCUAUUAUUCUUCCUCAUCAUCAUCAACUACAACGAAGCGUUCCCAACAGUCGGUAACUGCCCGUGUUGAGCUUCCAAGAACGAUAUCUAGAAAUUGCCACAACUGCAGUACACUCUAUUCCUACCCUGAUGAUGAUGUUUGCAAGGGAGAUGAAAAGCAUUGGCAUGGUCACCGACGGAUAUAUAAGCGAUCAUUUGUUCCUUGGCAACGCGAAGAAAGGGAGCCUGAAGACGACAAUUCCCAGCAUGUUUGA